UCUUCUUCUUCUUCGCCUUCUUCUUCGCCUUCAUCUUCUUCUUCGCCUUCUUCUUCUUCGCCUUCUUCUUCUUCGUCUUCUUCUUCGCCUUCUUCUUCUUCGCCUUCUUCUUCUUCGUCUUCUUCUUCGCCUUCUUCUUCUUCUUCUUCUUCGGCUUCUUCUUCUUUGCCUUCUUCUUCUUCUUCGCCUUCUUCUUCGCCUUCUUCUUCUUCUUCGCCUUCUUCUUCGCCUUCUUCUUCGCCUUCUUCUUCUUCUUCGCCUUCUUCUUCUUCUUCAUCUUCUUCUUCGCCUUCUUCUUCUUCGCCUUCUUCGUCUUCUUCUUCGCCUUCUUCUUCUUCUUCUUCUUCUUAUUCGCCUUCUUCUUCGCCUUCUUCUUCUUCUUCGCCUUCUUCUUCUUCGCCUUCUUCUUCUUCUUCGCCUUCUUUUUCGCCUUCUUCUUCGCCUUCUUCUUCGCCUUCUUCUUCUUCACCUUCUUCGCCUUCGCCUUCUUCUCGUUCUUCUUCUUCUUCGCCUUCUUUUUCGCCUUCUUCUUCUUCACCUUCUUCGCCUUCUUCACCUUCUUCGCCUUCUUCUUCUUCGUCUUCUUCUUCGCCUUCUUCUUCUUCUUCACCUUCUUCUUCGCCUUCUUCUUCGCCUUCUUCUUCUUCUUCGCCUUCUUCUUCGCCUUCUUCUUCGCCUUCUUCUUCGCCUUCUUCUUCGCCUUCUUCUUCUUCUUCGCCUUCUUCUUCUUCUUCAUCUUCUUCUUCGCCUUCUUCUUCUUCGCCUUCUUCGUCUUCUUCUUCGCCUUCUUCUUCUUCUUCGCCUUCUUCUUCUUAUUCGCCUUCUUCUUCGCCUUCUUCUUCUUCUUCGCCUUCUUCUUCUUCUUUGCCUUCUUUUUCGCCUUCUUCUUCGCCUUCUUCUUCGCCUUCUUCUUCUUCACCUUCUUCGCCUUCGCCUUCUUCUCGUUCUUCUUCUUCUUCGCCUUCUUUUUCGCCUUCUUCUUCUUCACCUUCUUCGCCUUCUUCACCUUCUUCGCCUUCUUCUUCUUCGUCUUCUUCUUCGCCUUCUUCUUCUUCUUCACCUUCUUCUUCGCCUUCUUCUUCGCCUUCUUCUUCUUCUUCGCCUUCUUCUUCGCCUUCUUCUUCGCCUUCUUCUUCGCCUUCUUCUUCUUCUUCUUCUUCUUCUUCUUCUUCUUCUUCUUCGCCUUCUUUUUCGCCUUCUUCUUCUUCACCUUCUUCGCCUUCGCCUUCUUCUCGUUCUUCUUCUUCGCCUUCUUUUUCGCCUUCUUCUUCUUCACCUUUUUCGCCUUCUUCACCUUCUUCGCCUUCUUCUUCUUCUUCUUCGUCUUCUUCUAUGCCUUCUUCUUCUUCACCUUCUUCUUCUUCGCCUUCUUCUUCUUCGUCUUCUUCUUCGCCUUCUUCUUCUUCGUCUUCUUCUUCGCCUUCUUCUUCGCCUUCUUCUUCGGCUUCUUCUUCUUCUUCGCCUUCUUCUUCUUCGCCUUCUUCUUCGCCUUCUUCUUCGCCUUCGCCUUCUUCUUCUUCUUCGCCUUCUUCUUCUUCUUCGCCUUCUUCUUCGCCUUCUUCUUCUUCUUCGCCUUCUUCUUCGUCUUCUUCUUCGCCUUCUUCUUCUUCUUCGUCUUCUUCUUCGCCUUCUUCUUCUUCUUCGCCUUCUUCUUCUUCUUCGCCUUCUUCUUCUUCUUCGCCUUCUUCUUCUUCUUCUUCUUCGCCUUCUUUUUCGCCUUCUUCUUCUUCACCUUCUUCGCCUUCGCCUUCUUCUCGUUCUUCUUCUUCGCCUUCUUUUUCGCCUUCUUCUUCUUCACCUUCUUCGCCUUCUUCUUCUUCUUCUUCGUCUUCUUCUAUGCCUUCUUCUUCUUCACCUUCUUCUUCUUCUUCUUCUUCUUCUUCUUCUUCUUCGCCUUCUUCUUCUUCUUCGCCUUCUUCUUCUUCACCUUCUUCACCUUCUUCGCCUUCGCCGCCUUCUUCUUCUUCUUCUUCUGUGCCUCUCAUUUCCUGGAAAUGA